GCUGUCAUCCGCCUGGCAGUUUUCGACCCUGACCUUUCGUACUGAUCUUGAGUCAUUUAGACAUAGGAAGAAAGAAACCAGUUUUUAGCAUUGAAAGAGGACGAUGGAUGAUAUUAUUGAGAAUGGAAAGAACAAGAAAUGGGUAGUCUGUAAGUUGUGUGGAUCAAAAGUUCUGCGACCUUGCGCGGCCAGUCACGAACAAAGAGAGCUAUUCUUACCUUUCAUGCAGAAAAAGAAGGACUUUGCUGGCGCUGAAGAACAUCAAGGUGAAAUCCUUCAAGAACAUUGGAUGGUAUCAGAUAUGUUUACGUUCGAAAAUGUUGGCUUUUCAAUGACUGUGGAUUCAAUCAAAUAUUUAGCCUGUGCCGAUUGUGAGUGUGGACCAAUAGGCUGGCAUGACAUUAAUGACAAGACGAAGUUUUAUGUUGCUGUUGCACGAGUAGGGCAUCAAGAUCUAUCACAAUAACUUCAUAUUAUAGCUUAUGGCAGAGUAUAUGGUAUGAUACCUUUGAUUACCCGGAUAUUUUUUGUAAUUUUCUCUCAUUAUUAUUUUGACAUAAAUAAUGCACAGAUCAAUUUGAAGCUUCAACAUCCCCCCCCCCCCUGGGCAACCCACAUGUUGUCUGUGAGAGCAGAGUGGGGAAUUUUGAACCUUGCCUGGCCUGGGUGGGGAAUCUGAACUGAAACUGUCAAUUCUCUUCAGCAGAAUAACCGUGUUUUAUCUUUAAAUGGAGGUAUAAUUUAAAGUUAAAAGUUUACUCUAGCAAGUAGAUGGUUCAUAAGAAAAAGUCUACAAGAUUUUACAAAAAUUUAAGACCCAAUUCAGAGCUUUUGAAUACAAUUUUGGCCCUAGGAGUCAGGUUAUUGAAACAACAAAUCUUUAAAAGUUCAAAUUCCGGGGGGUUGCCUGAAAGGGGGCAUGUUGACGUAUCAAAUUGAUCAACACAUGACACCAUGAUAAGGGGUUCAAAGUGCUCACAGUGGUGUUACUUUGUAUUUGUUCACAGCUAUAUACUUUUACUUUUGUCAAUCAUGUUUUAAAAUUCUUUGAGUUAGUUGGUAUGAAUAAAGCUGUCUAUUUAACAAAUAGGUUCCUUGUGGACACGUGUGUUCAGUAAUAAAUCACAUGAUGUAAAAAUGAGGUAAAAAAAAAAGUGGCACAUAAGGCACAGCUGAGUGGCAUUGAUGUUCUUAACCCUUUAACUCUCAAGAUCUCAUUAGUAAUUCUUCUUACUGUCUGCCAUACAGUUCUUGUGAUGUUAGUUUGGAGAAUUUGGGAUGGAAUCAACUUAUAAUCCCCUAAUUGAUAUUUUUCUUUAUUCUCAACACUUGUCCUCUUGGUCACUCAUGAGUUUAAGGGUAAACACAAUUUAGCAUCUUUGCUGAUUAAUUACUUAACAGAUGCUCAGCAACACGGAAUCUAUUUGUUUUCCAUAGUAAAGAGACAAAAAGUUGUCAAAGGUGUUGUUGUCUAAGUAAGAACCAAUCAAAGAGUGUGUUUAAUAAAGCCUACAAUAUAAUUUCUCGUAGAUAGCUGGUUUGACAGCUUAUAUCUUAGUAGUAGUCUGACAUAAAUAACAUCAUAAAGAGGUGUUCAAAGUGUACUUAUCUUUGUUCAAAGCUAUAUACUCUCUACUAUUGGUGAUCAUGUUUUACAACUCUUUGAGUUAGUUAGUAUGAAUAAAGCUGUAAAUUUAACAAACUGAUUCCAUGUUGCUGAGCAUGUGUUCAGUAAUAGAUCACAGAUGAUGUGAAAAUGUGAUAAAAACAAAAAAGUUGUACAUAAGGCACAGCCAUGUGUUACUGAUGUUCUCACCACAUUUUGAUGUCUUCUCUGAUCUGUUACUGAAAAGAAACACUACUUGGAAUCUAUUUGUUUUACAUAAUAAAGCAAACAUUUUUCUCAGUUAUAGUGAUUGCAUCUAUUUGUUGCCCUUUAAUGGAUCAAAAGAAAGGAACAAUCAAUAUGUACAAAUAGUUCAACUCCUCAUGAAAAUUUCCUUUCAAAUAUAUUUCUGAAGAACUUGCGCAUUUUUUGAAAUAUAUUGAAUAAAGAAGACUCCUUCAGUUUUAUCUAUAUGGUCAAUCUAAAUUGCAUAGCAUUUUGUUUACAUGGCCUGUGGUCUUAAUGACUUUCAUAUUCCAAGAUGCCUCUAAAAGCUACUUGAAGAUAACUCCUGUUGUGCAAAUUGUUUCAUUUACACUCUGUGUAUCUGGCAGAUCUCUCAUUCAUAGCUUUGUUUUCAAGGGUAUAUUAAAAAAAAAACUUCACCCCUUUCAGAUUUUAAAAUCCAUAAUUCUUUGAAUUAAAUACUUCAUAUGAACAGGCCAAGAAAUUAAUAUCAACUACUUUAUCCAGGUCUAAUUUCUGAAACUUGUGCAAGAUACUCCAUUUUUUUUGUAUCAGCAGAGACACAAAUGUGUUUUUUAAGUGUUGGCAACAGGAUUUUUAUAAAAAAAAAAAAUUACUCUCCAUUGAAUGUCCAUGUAAUAGCCUAACUUUAUCCACACUUGAUAUUUUCAAUUCAUUGAUUGUAAUUAUGAUCGCAAACAUAAGCUGGAGAUCCAAAUCUUUUAGCUAAAGGGGAGAACAUGGCAAUUUUAUAGAAACCAAGUUAAGGUAUUUCAAAAAAAGAACACCACUACAUAAUUUAUGAGUUGCUUGACAUUUUUAAACAAACAAUGCAAGACCCUGAAAACCUGGGACAAACAGAAUAUAUUUGAGUGCCAGGCUUGUAACAUUUGAGUUUUACUUAUCUUUAUGCCAAAGAAGCCUCAGGACUCUCUCUCUUGUCAACGAAGGUUGAGAGAAGCAAACACCAAGGAAAAGAGAAUGAAUAAUUACUGAAUCUUCGUAAAUAUUGGCUCAAUACAGUUAACUGUUAAAUUCCUUUGGACCAAGAAUAUUUAUUUACGUUCAUAAUGUUUUAACACUUCACGAUUAAUACAAGUUUUAUAUAAAAAUAUUAUAGAUUAUCUGUGAUAAAUAUCUAUAUUUUAACAAAGACAAAAUAUUUAUUUUGCAAUCCACGAUUGAAGCAAACCAAUUUCAAAUAAUAUCCUUCAAAAAGAGAGCAAUUCUUGUUAAAUGACUUAUCUUAUGUUUGUUGAAAACAAUAUGAUUUAUAAAAUAAUUUUUUCCAAAAAUAACUAUGAUAGCAAAGCAAAGAAGCAAAAAAACCAACCAGACAAAGAAAGAGUUCUGAAGAAGACCCUUCCUUCAUAGAUGUGGGCUUCGACAAAGACUACAUGUUGUAAGAUUUUUCCAUUAAUGUCAAAUGAGCACCAAUUCCAUGAAGAAGAACAUAAGGAUGGUAUGGACAAAAAGGAGUGUCCAUGCUGUCAUGUGCUAACCUUGUGUCUUCCCUCCUAGUCAACCUAAACCUUUGCCCCACAAUUAAAGACACACUACAUGAAAUCUAUAAAUGUCCUCAGAGGCCAAGCCUGGUCUUUAACAAGCCACUGUCCAGCUUAUUUCCCUCACUAAUUAGUUGAAUUGUUUGAUAUCCCACAUUAACAAGAUAAAUAAAUAAUAUAUAAUAAAAUAACCAGAUUAAAUAGCAGCGUUUUUUGCCUUUGGCUCUUUAUCCACCAUUUCUGAUCAAAUUGGAUUUUGAGGAUUUCUCUCGUAGAUAGGAAAAAUUGGUGAGC